UGUUCCUUUCCGUGCUUCUUUCUUCUGCAUUUCUCUCUCCGUCUCUGCAACUGAAACCACACUCCAGCUCCAGUUCCAGCUCCAGCUCCCGAACGCAUCGCCAUGUCCAGACCUUCCGCUCUCGCCUCCUCUCGCCUCCUGAUCGUCCACAUUGUCGUCCCCUUGCUCGCCCUGGCCAGGGCCUCUGCCUCCCUCUCCCUCGCGCCCGGAACCCUAGCCGGCCUCCCCGGAUUCGACGACGGCAUCUCCCUCCUCGGCGACGCCGCCCUGGCCGCCGGCGCCGGAGCCUCCGGGGGGCCUCACGUGAGGAUCACGCGCCCCUCGGCCUCCAGCUCCGGCUUCCUCCAGUGGCCGAAGCCCUUCCGGUUCGUCGACCCGAGCUCGGCCGCCCCGACCUCGUUCUCGUCCGAGUUCGCCUUCUCCGUCUCGCCCGGUAACGGCGACGGCCUCGCUCUCGUGCUUCUCCCUCGGGAUUUUAAGCUCGGAGCGGAAGCGUUCGGCCUCUCCGGGGAUCGCAGGUUUGUCGGCGUCGAGUACGAUACUUCGGUGGAUGAGGAAGUAGGCGAUGUGAAUGCGAACCAUGUAGGUGUGGAUUUGGGCAGUUUCGCGUCUGUUAGCGUCUGCAAUGUGUCGUCUGUAGGCUUAGUGCUGAGCAGUGGAGAGAAAUUGAAGUCGUGGGUGGAUUACGACGGGAGCUCGAAAAGGCUUGAGGUUAGGCUGAGUAAGUUUAGGGAUCCAAGACCAUAUGAUCCAAUCAUUGCAUACUCGAUCGACAUGCUGCGAAUGUGGAGAGAUGAGGAUGUUUAUGUCGGUAUAAGCUCGUCGAAUGGGAAUUCGGUGCAGACCAUUAGUGUAUACUCGUGGAGGUUCAAGCCGAGGAAAGUUCCGCUGUCGAUGCAUUCGUUACCUGCUGAUCCACACGGCCAGUCUGGCGAGCACGGAAAGUUGCGCAAGAGAGGCAGGUGUCCUUUGGCGAUCCUUGCCGGGGUAAUUUUCGCCGCGGGGUGUGGAGCAUUAUUGGCAUUCUUGGGGCUCUUUCUGUGGGCAUUUGUUGCUAAUAGGCACACUGUAUUUCCGGUGGAAUGUCCCGUGCAUCCCGUGGACUUCAAAUACGAGAAGAUCAAUGUGGUCGUGAGGGAGGACGUCGAAGGUGGUAAGCAUUGAGUUAUGAGCCGAAUGCUUUGUACAUGCUGGUCUCGGGUAUUGUUGUUACCUUCAUUUCGCUCUACGGAUCUAGUGAACUUGUAGCUCCUUCUGUGAAAGGAAUUACGCAUAUGUGUUUAGGUGCUCACGUAUGAAUAGAAACCACGGUGUGUAGCUGCUUGUGGCGGGUUUGUGAUCAUGUGAACUAGUUAUCCUUUCCUUGGAACUGUGCCAAGAGAAAUCAAUGCAUUUUCUGUAGCUGCAGGUGUUUCA